GAUCAAACCCCGUCACACAUAAGUACCCUCAGCUGGGAGCGCUCCAAGAGCUCUUCGGUCAGACCAUCCAGUGGCUCUAGCACCCCUCCGUGCAGCCUACACACAGCGAUAGGAAGUUCGGUCUCUCUAGCUGUGAAUCACCGAUGACCUCAAACAGUCAGGACCUCUCUACCUGGCUAGAGACACUUACGGAGGGAACGGCCGAUGCGGAUCCCGUGUGGACGUCAACGUCCAUGGACCGUUUGGAAAUUGCACUCAUUAGGGAUGUUCCUUCAGGCGAUGAAAGGUUUCAAGAUCUUCUUAAAGGCGUUGAUGCAGCCCCUCCGCGGGUCGAAAUGCAGGAUCUUAAAGGUGUCCCUAAAGUGCUGGAAGGGCACAGUGAGAAGAUCCGGGGGACAUCAGGAGCUCAAACCUCAGAAGACGGGCUGCUCUUCCUCAGCGAGUUGUUGCGAGACACAAUUGGCUGCAUACCAAUGGGAGAGUGUGAGAGACAAUGGUGGUUAACGGCGCCUCACGAUACCGCGGCGGACGGGAAGAGAUUCUCAAAAUCGAAUGAGACCGAUUUUCACUGGAGUGUCGCUGUCUCCAUCAUCCAUCAUCUCGACUCAGAGGAAUUUCACCAAAUCUUCGCAGUUGCCUACGAGGAAGAAUGGUCCAUGGAAACGAGUUUAAUGUGCGCUGGGGUCCCGCAGGCAAAACCGGACGUGGCCGUGUCAUUCCAUCGGGACACAUUCUUUGAGCAGGGUACCCUGGACUAUCCCCUCGAACUCGGUGAAUGUCUCCAUCCGAGAGGACGUAAGCGAUGGUUUCCCUUCUUCUUCAUCGGAGCUGAAAGGGAAGGCAAACUUCCUGGCAGUGUGCUUGGGCAUAAUCUGUAUACCGCAAGCCAGGCAUUGUUCAAUAUCUUCCAGUGGAUGCGCCGGGAUCCACCGCUCAGCGAGCAGUACUUUGAACAAGUUCGGACUUUCAGUAUGGCUCUAAGUGAGGAUAAGCUGGUUUUAAGAAUGCACCGGGCAGAAACAGCAAGAGGUGGUAGGCUCAGGUACGAGUUUACCGAGAUGGCCAAAAUCCACGAUUACAGUGAGUAUAGCGCCUUUUCGCUGAUAUACCGGAUUUUAUGGAAGUACGCGCGGCGAGUUCUAUACCCCCUCCUCAAAAAGACCUUUCAGAGAGUCGUCGAGUUGGACCAGCUGAAGGACGGAAGAUGUGAAUCUCACUCCGACCCGCCCUCUCCGACUUCAUCUGCCCAGCAAGUCUCUUUUCCUCCUUUUCAGCCCACCCAGAAAGAUUCUCUUACCACUGGACGGAAAGGGCGGCGCUCGCUCGAGCGGGAGGCGCGCAGGGCCACGCGGAAACGUGUCAAAAUGCGAGUCGGAGCCAGGGCGGAAGAGAAUCAAAUCCUCACGCGAUCACGUACCAAACCCGAUUAUCUCUUCGAAUCCCUGCCGAACAUCGGUCGUUCUAGGUAGAACGGCUGGGGAUGCUGAAAAUGCUCUCAAGAAUCUACGGAUGUCGUCAAUAAGGGAGAACGGGCGCUUGUCCUUGUCUUGUCUAGAUAAACAUGCGGCUGAUCGCCGAAUCUCACGUACGUGGCUUUUGCGAUGGCAAGAGCGAUGGGAGUGUUUUCCUUCUUCGCACCCUCGCCCCCUCGCCGCCUCGCCGAGCGGCCCCGGGUUGCCCUGCACGGUCGCGGUGUGAGAAUCGCGCCCUUUGGCAGGACCUUGUGUUGGGAGAAGAUUGAAAAAGAUACAAAGGCCAACUGGGCAUUGUUUGCACUUUACAGCAUCAUACACCGGGUUGGCACAGUCUCGGGGCCUUCCCACGAUAUUUCAU